AUGCGCUUACACUUUUUCUGCUCGGGUGCUCCGCUCAGGGUGCUCCCUAACUUUUCCCACAUGAUACUUCUAACCAAGGCGCUAGGAGAUAUCAUUGCUGAUGUUCUUCCCAAACGAUUUGGCAUUGUGUGGGACGGGUGGACUUUCCGUUCCGAACACUACCUUGCUGUGUUCGCCGUGUUUGGUCACGACGGUAAGAUGGAGAAGAUUUUGCUCGCCAUGUCCACCCUAGCGGACGACGACAUCGUUAACCACUCUGCCAUGGCUCAUGUAGCCUUUCUACGCAUGAUUUUGUGGUUCUUCAAGCGCUCGCUGUCCGACAUUCUCUACAUUGUUGCUGACAAUUGCGCAACAAAUGGCUGCAUUGCUUUGUUGAUGAAGGCGCCGUUUGUGGAGUGCGCCAGUCAUAGACUGAGCUUGGCAGUGGUGGAAUACAUGGAGAGCUACGAGUCCAUAUUGGACAAAAUGCAGUCACUCACGCGUAAAUUACGCGGUCUGAAUGCGUCGGCAAGUCUGCGGUAA